AUGGCGUUGCUGCGGCGUCGGCAGCACGGAGACCCGCUGCAGGGGCACCCGGCUGCUUGCCUCAGAUUCUUGGCCAUCUGGUGGCCUUUGAAGUGCCAGAUCACGAAACGCCGCGCUAGAAUGAUGAUCGUUUUCAUUUGGAUCUUUGCGAUACUCGUCACCACACCUUGGGUAUUCUUCUUCGACCUCGUGGUCGUAUUCGACGACAACCCUCACGUCCGUCUCUGCCUGGACGUCUGGCCCAACCCCAUCAGCGAAGUCCUCUACUUCGUAAUUGGAAACCUCAUAUUCUGCUACAUUUUACCCAUGGUUCUCAUAACCAUGUGCUACAUUCUGAUCUGGAUUAAAGUGUGGCGCCGAUCCAUCCCCACUGAUACUCAAGAUGCUCAAAUGGAGAGAAUGCAACAGAAGUCUAAAGUCAAAGUUGUAAAAAUGUUAGUUGCAGUGGUGAUACUUUUCGUGCUAUCCUGGUUUCCACUUUACUUGAUCUUCGCGAGGAUAAAACUGGGAGGGCCAGUUCAGAAAUGGGAGGAAGAGAUGUUUCCAGUUGUAACUCCUUUAGCCCAAUGGCUCGGAGCAUCGAACUCUUGCAUCAAUCCGAUUCUAUACGCCUUCUUCAAUAAAAAAUAUAGGAAGGGAUUCGUUGCGAUUAUCAAGAGCAGAAAAUGCUGUGGCAGAUUGCGCUACUACGAGACAAUAGCUUUACAAUCAUCUAGUACAUCAACGAGAAAAUCGUGGCAUUACAAUAACAAUAACCACGCUUCGAUAACUCGACGGUCACCACCGGUGGACAAGAACGCCGUGUCAUUUAUAUUCAACAAUACGGGAGUUUAA